UGACCGUUUUCCCCGAUGACCAACUCAACUCCUUGAACCGCUCCAUUACCAAAAUCAACCAUCCCGAUGCAGUCAGCUUCUUGAGUCAACAGAAGCUUCGCAUCCACGCGCAUACAGAGACAACAAGACCCCGUCCCAACUCGAUCAUUCAACCUCACUCAUCCAUCGCCCCAGCGAAGCGAACUCUUUCCCAUCAAACCAGUCGCAAACUAUCCAAGAUGCAGAUCAAGGUCCGGACUCUUACAGGCAAGGAAAUUGAGCUCGACAUUGAGCCCGAUACCAAGGUUGCCCACAUCAAGGAGAAGGUCGAGGAAAAGGAGGGUAUCCCUCCCGUACAGCAACGUUUGAUCUUUGGCGGAAAGCAAAUGGUCGACGACAAGACGGCAACCGAUUACCAACUCGAAGGCGGUGCGACUCUCCAUCUCGUUUUGGCUCUUAGAGGUGGAAGGUGGUAGGCUUUUGAGAAAGCUCCGGCUUGCUGGAAGAGAAACAAAACACGCAUAAAUUAAUGAGAUAACGACGUUUCCCAAGGAAAAACCUAUAGACUGGGUGCUAUAUGUUGGUGCUUCGACAAACACAAGUGGACGUUCUGGUGUUUGAGGGACUACUUAGACGACCAAAUUCCGGAAGGUUGAGGAUAGGGCGCCCUUGGCGGAUGAAAAGGAUGGGAUUUGUACACUCCAUGGAUCAAAGGUUAACACUUGUCGUUGGAAAGGUUGGACGACCCAAGAAAGGAAAAGAUUUCUUCUCAUCAGCGGAAUUUCAAGGCAGGUAAUCAGGCAAUACAGCAUUUGUUCAGAUUGGGUCAGAGGAUAU